GUGGGCCACAGGGGAUUUUCAGAUUUCCAUUCGGGCCACAGCGUUCCUAAGUUUGGGAAUGGCUACCAGGAAUUCUCCUGAACAAAGCUGUACAGGGUCAUGAUUAUGCCACCCCCGUGCCAUAAACUAUUUCCCUGAACUGCCUGAAAACUGCAGCUGUUGCUAGUAAAUCACUGCAGUUGCCUGCCGUUUUUGGUUGUUGUUUUUAAAGUUCGAAAUGAGCACGUUGCAUCAUGGGAUGCAGUAGCCGACGACGUGAGCUCAGGCUGUACAGGAGUAAUCAUUUUUGUGUUUUGGAAAGUUUAUAUUUUUGUCAUGCUGCAAACGACUCACUAUUUAUACGUCAAGAUCAGUUUACAAAGCGCAUACAGUUGGGCGCUUAGGAUUCAGCGCUGUUUUACAUGUCAGGACUUUUAGUUUGGUACACCGACUCCGACGUCGUUAUAUGUCUAUAUAUGUCUAUGGGAUUACCCGUGGCGAAUACCAAAAUAGCUAUAGCCCGAAAGGAACAAAAGACAGCUGUAAGAGGUCUGAAAGCGAACAUUAUGAGGCUAUGACCCCGACUCGCCGAAGACACACGUACGUUUCUGUGGAGCACACUUUACACAUCAGAUUUUCUAAAUCAUCACAUUGGCCCAGGAGAGGCUAAAGGAACAGGACCAGAAGCUGCUGAGAAGAACCAGUUCUGAUGCAGAGAUCUUAGCACUUGAGCUUAGUACACCAUAACCGUAUUUAGAGUGGGGCAAAAAAGAUUUGUUUUAUUCCACUUGCAUCCUUUUUGUGCUACUGAGCAUGUGCAUAAGUCAUGUUGUUGGGGAAACAGUGACCCCGAGGAGAUGGAAACGUAAUGUUAAAGUUUAUUUUGCAUUGAACUUUCAACUGUCAAUUUUAACUUGAUGUUUCAGGUGGAGUUUGAUUAUAUUUUUUUUUGCCACAGUAUAUUAGUUUUAUCUUUACUUGUAUUUAGUGAUGGAUAAUACUGAUUUCCACUACCUAGGUGUUGGGAGGGCGAGGGGUUUAAUGUUGGGAGAGCCACUGAUUUUGUGGGUGCAGGGAGGGGGUUUUUUACUCCUGGGAUAAGUCGUGGGAGGGCUCAGCCACGUUAUCCGGGGCAGUUACCUGUGCCACCUGGCCCCAUAGAUGUGCUUGGUGCAGAUACUACGCACAUGGGUGCAUGUGGAGGCAGUUAAUUAUUCUCCGACAGUUACCCAGCUCCCCUAACAUCCACCCCUAUAAGUUCAUCUUCUGAGACAGAGAACACACUGAAGCACUUAGGUGUUUUGAUCACUGAGUUAGGCAAACACAUUGGUGACACUGUCACAGCCCGUUUAAUGUCUGACAGAGAUUAUGUAGGCACACAAGCAUUCACUCCUGACACUUAUAAUGGCGGCAGCCGCCAGCCCCAGAGCACUACGAUAGACAUGUCUCAGCUGAAGUCAGAAGUCAAAGACCCGCCCAUGUUCCGUGGCGAUGGCACAGACAAGUCCACAGUGAGUGAAUGGGUAGAUCUCAUGGACACUUUUCUUAAAAAAAAAGAAAGUUGGAGUUACAGACAAAGCGGAUGAAAUUCUAAGUAAAUUGAUGGGCAGGGCCAAGGAUGUGGUCAAGAUAGCACUCAGAAGCGACCCCUCCCGUGAUUCAAAUCAACAUCCUGAAGUUAUCUAUGCCAUUCUCAAACAGCACUUCAGUGACAUUUCAUAUUCUUGCAUGCCGCUUGCCGCAGAUUUUUACAGCACAUUACCUGAACAUAAGGAGAGUGCGUUUGAUUACUGGGUCCGUUUAAACAAAGCAGCAGAUGUCGCUGACGAGAGCUUGAGGCGCCAGGGCAAGAGAAUGGAGGAUGUGAAUAAAGAGGUAGCAAUGAUGUUUGUGCGCCACUGCCCUGAUCAGUCCCUUGCCAUGGUGUUCAAGAGUAAACUUGUUGAACAGUGGACGGCCAAGGAGGUCCAGGAAAGGAUUGAUGAGUAUCAGUGUGAAAUGAAGACCAAGCGCACUGAGGUCAGUUCCUUGCCCAGGCAGAAUGCAGCGCUCAUGCUUAACAGUGAAGAGAGUCACAGUGAAUACAGUCUAGAUUGUGCAUUGCAGUCCUGUAAACAAACAAUAGAACAGCCCCGCCGUCUUUAUGAGUCUGUACCCACUUCACAGAGUAGUGUGGACAGGAUGACUGACAUGCUCAGUAAAGUUCUUGAAAGUGUCAAUGCCCUGCGUGCUACUAACUCAUUCAGUGCUCCACAACACACUAGGAGGGGCCGUGACAGAUGCCGCAUAUGUAGUGAGGGCUCUCACUCCACCCUUCAACACUGCCGAACCCACUGUCUGUGCUUUGCCUGUCACCAGCCUGGUCACCUGUCCCUCUGCUACCCAGCCGCCUCCCACCAAUGUGCCGUCACCGCCCCCCCAGUUAAAAUAGAUAGCCUGCAUUCGGAGAGGGGCAGUGUAGGCAUUUCUAAUGCAUCCCUCAAACACACUGUUGACUUGAAGGUCAAGUUUGAAUCAAUUAAGCAGUCUUUGCCUAGCACCGCCACAGUCAUCAUGCAGAAUACAUCACAUCUACUUACAAGUGAUAGUUUGUUUCAUACCCCCGUUGUUAUCAAUGAAUCAAUUACUGUGAGAGCCAUGCUUGAUACUGGCUCUAUGGCGUGCACCAUUAGUGAAAACAUUGAGAGAAAAUGAACUGAUGCCGGCUCAUUGGAUUGUGAUGUGAAGCCUAACACUGACAUUGUUUUGGUGGGCUGUGGAGGGAAACUUGUCUAUCCAAAGAGAGUGUAGCUGACCCUGAUGGAUCAGCUGACAAGAUAUGGCCGUAGGUGAUGGACAUUUAAAUUGCAUAGAUUGAUGAAUCAUUUUUAUUUAUGAGUUUGUGAUCUCAUUUGUUGUUGUGCAAAGUUAAUGUCCAUUUGCUGGUGGUUUUAAUGAAUUUGUGCGUUAGUCUGGUGACCCUUUGUGUCAUGUGACCUUACCUGGUUAUAUGACCUGGAAGGGCUCUGGCACAUCGGACUCGAAAGACUGAGAGAACACGCACUAAUUAUGUUCCCAAUCAAAUCUACUGCUGGUUUCCAGGCGAACACGGUAAUGCAUUUACAUAUCUGUACUAAGUUUUAAAUGGAAUAUGUAUAUUUGUUUGUGAUUGCUAUGUGUAAACUUUGGGUUUGUUGAUUGUUUGUUUGUCUGUCUGUCUAGUUUUCACGGUGUUCCCGACAAUAAAUGAGAAGAGUUGGACAUCAGUAUGAAGCGUGGAGUCAUGUUUAUUAGUUAAAACCAGCGGGUAGUUACAGAGUAUGUGACCUCCGCCUUAACCUGUAUGGAUGUGCCGUCAUUGUGCCCACACUAGUAGUGCCCGGACAGAUUGAUGAUUUGAUUAUUGGCACGAAUGUGAUUAAAUUCUUGACCCAUAAGCUCAAAGAAAAAGUGAAGGGUGGCCAGAUUGUGUGCGGCGACAGAGUGCUGCUUGCCAACAAGGGCGAGAGAGGCCGGAAGAAGUUGGCAGACAAAUGGGAGAACGUAAUUUACACUGUAACAGACUGUGACACAAAGACUCACAUCUUCAAAAUACUCAACCCAGUGACAGGACAGACUAAAGUAGUCCACCGUAACAUGCUCCUGUGUGUCAAUUUUCUCCCUGUCAUGGCCGAAACUGAGGAUGAGAGUGUCUCUUUGGUCUCUACCUGCAGUGUUGAAUGCGAUGAUGACACCGAUGAGUGCGUCGACAGGACUGUCCGCACUAGUGAAUGGGUGUUCUAGAUCUCUGUCGAGGAGCCGGAUCACUCACUUGAAGGCCCUGACAACGAUGCCCACUCGCAGGAUGACGAAAUGACUGAGUUGACAGCCGACCAUGAGCCUGUGUCCUACAGUGAUGUAGUUGCCGGUCCUGUGCAGGAUCGAGAGACCUGUGCUACUGAUGCUGAUACUGCCCAUGAUGUAGACAGUCUGAGCCCUACUGCACCAAACACCCACACUGAGCCCUUAAGUCCUCUUGAUCCCACACAGGCCCAGCACCUUUCUGACACUUCUACACGUAGGUCCAGGGUAGGUCGUAUCAUUAGGCCUGUAAAUAGGCUAAUUUACAACAUGUCAGCCCAGACCAGUUCAAAAGCACAAAGGCUCAGGAAAUGGGCUGGUUCAGUUCUUAGUGUCAGAGCUAUUGGUUAGGGUAGACUCUUCCUACUUCCUAUCCUUUGUUUUGUUUAUUUUUUUAUUUUGAUACUGUGGCCUGUUAUUUUUGUGGUUUUGAUAUGGUGCACUAUGUGUGCAUGUCAGUGAAUUGGAUGUGUGAAGUGUAAAUGGCACUGGUAGAGUUUGUGAAUAGCACGACUCUAAAUGAGUUCUUAAAUGAACAGCCUUUUGGUUGACAGAGGUAUACAAGGGAUACCUAUUUCAAUUCAUGAAUGUAUUGUAAAUAAUGUGAUGGCCUGAAGAGGUGGUGUUAUGGAAUGUGUUAGGCAUAAUGUUGGUACCUGGGCAUGUUUUUCAUGUUUUUUGUUACAAGCUUUAAAUGUUAUUGGGGAUUGUCCUACGCAGGGGUUUGGAUGGUUUGUUUUUAUGUGCAAGUGGAAUAUAGAGGGGGAGAAUGUAACAGUGAAGAUUUGGUUUAUUUCACUUGCAUCCUUUUUGUGCUAUUUAAUCACACUGAGCAUGUGCAUAAGUCAUGUUGUUGGGGAAACAGUGACCCCUAGGAGAUAUGCAGGUUGUACAGAGUGGCUCUCCUCAGAGUUCGGGGAUAUAGAGUCACGGUGAGUUGUACAUAAAGAGAGCUCCUACAUUAUCAUUUUAGAAUACAAUGACUGAACGUCCUAAAUCCAUACUGAUUAUAGAGAGGUGUUCCACAUUAUAUCCUCAUGUAAAUAGUGUGUUUGGUUUAGGAAUUAUGCAUCUCUGAAUGUAUAUUUUAAUCAAUGUUCAAAAU